AGAGAGAGCAGGGAGGGGCAGGAAGUAGGUGCUGAAGAGAAGCACGAAGCUCACAUUGACACUCACUUCUGGAGUUGAGCUGAGGUAAGUCACACUGCAGCCACAGUGUACUCCACAGCGUGCUGGACUCCACAGGUGUUAUGAGUGCAAACAUGCCCAGCUGUGAGAUUCCAGAAGACGCUGUUGGAAUAUUUCACAAGCCACUGGAGAGUAACGACAACUGCACAGUUCCAGGUGAAUUUUAAAGAUCUUAAAUUUUUUCAGGCUCUUAAGUGUGAAGAUUUUUCUUCAGUGGAUAUGCUUCAUAUGGAUUUUAAUUGAGCAGACCACAGUAGCAUGUGAACUUUGUACCACUAAAGGACUGAUCAGAGCUGGAUCCUCUGAGCUGUGGCUGAGUUCUGCUUACCUUGGGGCUCCUGAGCAGAGUCUGCGUAAGAGGGAGGGGGCAGCCCGUCUGCCUGUCCUCGCGUUCCCGCUACGCUUACCCCGGCAGCCUGGCUGAAGAAUGCAGAGAGGGAAUGUUAGAGUCCUCGUUGCUCUAGAAGCAGAUGCGUGAAGGAGACCUCCAUCUUCCUGGGAGCACGUGGGGCUCAUGACAAACUCAUUAGAGGAAUGCAUUCGUUACAUUUCAUGACCUGUUUGUUUUACUCUCCAUUCAUUCUGGAAAGGGAAAUUUCUUCACUAGAGAGCUCUUGCGUAACUUCUACUCAGUAGCGUGGUACUGCUUCCUGGAGGGCUGUACCACAACACUUCACAGAUGGACAUUCCCACAGAGCCGUGGGGUACUAACCUCAGCACCUGGAGCAGGGACGUUGGCUCCCAGUGGAGAAGCUCCAGCUCUCUUGGCCGAGACUGCGAGAAGACGGACGGUUUUAAGUAUCCUCUCUACAGUGCCGUGUUCAGUGUGGUCUUUGUGGUGGGGCUCAUCAUGAACAUAGUAGCCAUGUACAUCUUCACCUGUACACUUAAAAUCCGCAACGAAACCACCACUUACAUGAUGAACCUGGUGGUGUCAGACUUGCUGUUCGUCCUGACGCUGCCCCUACGUGUGUUCUAUUUUCUGCGACAGGACUGGCCGUUCGGGGGCUUGUUGUGCAAGCUGUCCGUCUCUCUCUUCUACACCAACAUGUAUGGGAGCAUGCUCUUCCUCACUUGCAUCAGUGUGGACCGCUUCCUGGCCAUCGUUUACCCCUUCCGUUCACGAGAACUGCGUACCAAGCGCAACGCGAAGCUGAUGUGUGUAGCGGUGUGGGUGCUGGUGCUGUCAGGCAGCGUCCCCACAGGCUUCCUGCUGGACUCCACCACUCCUCAGAGCACUAACAACACUGCCACGUUCUGCUUUGAAAACUUUUCCUCCAAGCAGUGGAAGUCUCACCUGUCCAAGGUAGUGAUCUUCAUCGAGACGGUGGGCUUCCUCCUACCGCUGAUCCUCAACGUGGUAUGUUCUGCCAUGGUUCUCCAGACCCUGAGGAGACCGCAUACAGUGAGCCGCGGAGGGAAGUUGAACCGGGCCAAGAUCCUUCGUAUGAUCAUCGUGCACCUGGUCAUCUUCUGCUUCUGUUUCAUCCCAUACAACGUCAACCUGGUCUUUUACUCACUGGUGCGCACCAAAACUCUGCCGGGCUGCGCUGCGGAGUCCGUGGUCCGGACCAUCUACCCAAUUGCCUUGUGCAUAGCUGUGUCCAACUGCUGCUUCGAUCCAGUUGUGUAUUACUUCACCUCCGAAACGAUACAAAACUCCAUCAGGAGAAAGUCUCAGGUACAAAACACCUGUGACAUGAACUACUCCCAGGGCUUGCAGUCAGAGACAAGCUCUAGUGUCAAUUUCAGUUUGAGGACCAUUAAAAACAAGACCUUCUUUAAUGAGUCCACCAUCUGAGGCAUCCUGCACGUGGAUGCAAUGACCUGAUAAGAAAUAGAAUAUUUCAAGUAAGGAUGUUUCAAAUUACUGAUACAGUGUUUAGAAGAGUGCAUGUAGGACCUGUAGUGUAACAUAUAUGGACUAAGGGCCAGAGGUCUUUGAUUGGGGCUGACUCAUGAACCUUUGACUGGUAUUGUUACAACAUGUGCUCAAGACCAGUACAAAUGGCUUGUUUCUCCGCAAUAAUGAAUUAUCUCUAAACACCUCGCUAGCAAUAAAGUAUUUAGGUGUUGAGAAAAUGUCUCUCCUUCCACACACAUGGACUGUGAUUAUUUAAAAGCAUAACCUAUAAAACUGAUUUACUUACAGUAUAAAUAGUUUGUGUCUUCACAUUUGUACAUUGGUUACUGAAUGCAUAAAAAACAUUUUGCCAAUAUCACUUUUAUUGGCACUUUUUUAUUAGUGUUAUGGUGUUGGAGUGACACUGACCUGACCUUUCAUUAUGCACUGUUACAAA